AUGACCCAAGAUCUAUCCCAUGUUCCUGAAUCCAUUAGAAUGGUCUUGAUUGGCCCUCCAGGUGCCGGUAAGGGUACCCAAGCUCCAAACUUGAAGGAGAAGUUCUGUGCGUGCCACUUGGCCACUGGUGAUAUGUUGAGAUCCCAAGUCGCCAAGCAAACCCCAUUGGGUAUUGAGGCCAAGAAAAUUAUGGACGAUGGUAAGCUAGUCUCUGACGAAAUCAUGAUCAACAUGAUCAAGGACGAACUAUCCAACAACCCAGAGUGUAAGAAGGGUUUCAUCUUGGACGGUUUCCCAAGAACCAUUCCUCAAGCCGAGAAGUUGGACGAGAUGUUGGCUGACCAAGGUAGACCAUUGGAAAAGGCCGUUGAAUUGAAGAUUGACGACGAAUUGUUGGUUGCCAGAAUCACCGGUAGACUUGUGCACCCAGCUUCUGGUAGAUCUUACCACAAGUUGUUCAACCCACCAAAGGUCGAGAUGAAGGACGACUUGACUGGUGAGCCAUUGGUUCAAAGAUCCGACGAUAACGUCGAGGCCUUGAAGAAGAGAUUGUCUUCUUACCACAAGCAAACCGAGCCAAUUGUCGACUUCUACAAGAAGACUGGUAUCUGGGCUGGUGUUGACGCCUCCCAGCCACCAAAGACUGUCUGGUCCGACAUCUUGAAGUGUUUGGGUAAGAACUAA